UAUUUUACGUCGGGUUUUAUUUGUUCUUUUGAGGGAUGGUGUUGAUAGGCCUCAAAAUUUGGGUUAACGUACUGGUUUCACAAAUUAAUUCUUGCGGCAAAAGUAUCUCCCACUGAUGCAUGUAAAACGUCUACUUAGCAGGGUUACCGUUGAAUUGACAAGAUUACUAUCCACGAAAUUAUGGAAAUAAACUCUUUUUUAAACUGAUCUCAGACUCUCACAGCCGGUACGGGUUUCAAAUUCAAAAUUAUAUUUUGAAUAACCGAUCAGUAUUUAAAGGCCAAAACUGAUACCAGCAAUUCUGUUUUUUUUUUCUUGCAGAAUUUUCACGAAAAAACACAGUUACCGGUUCGUGAAUAAGUAAUAAGCCGAAGUUGUCAACUUGAGGCGACCUAAUCGACUGAAUAAUAAAUGGAAGUCUCCCUUUUAAACAAUCUCAGCAGCGAUAUUUUGAUUUCAAAUCAAACCAUGACACCUGAACGCAAUGGCAGCGAGCAAGAAGCGAACCAAGAGGAACUGUUCGACCCACUGUCCUACAAAAUUAUGGUCAUCGCAUUUUUUGCUGUGGUCUUCGCUUUCGGUUUCGUCGGGAACGUGUCGGUGCUGGGAUCAAUUUUGAAGUGGAAGCGACUAAGAAAUCCUUGCGGUCUCUUGAUUGCGAACAUUGCCGCUGCGGAUUUGGGUGUCGCCAUUAUUGCUGCACCUUUGAGAAUCGCUGAUCUGUACCUACAAGGCUGGCCCUUUGGAGAAGCUCUCUGCCGAAUUAUUCUUCCACUCCAAGAUGUCAUGGUUUGUGUUUCGGUGAUUACGCAUUCGACCAUUGCGUUUGAACGCUACAGAGCCACUGUCACACCUUUCAAGAUGCGACUGUCAUCUUCGAAGAUAAAAUACGUUAACUUGGGAAUUUGGCUGAUCUGUUAUGUUUUCGCUGGUCUACCAUUAGCUAUUCCACUGAAGGUACAGCUCUUCGAGGAUACACCAUACUGCUUUCCCGAAUGGUCAGAUCUUUAUCGCAGAGUAUACGAGAUCUACUUGGUCGUCGUCUUCAUUGUGGCCCAGCUCAUGAUCCAGAGCUAUGCUUAUGUGAGUAUCAUCCAAACGCUCAAAGCAAAAAGUGACAUACUUGUCGAGGUGGCGGAACAAACGGGAAAAAGCUUGACUCCAGGAAAGGCAGAGAGGUCGCUUAGCUCGCGUGCUUCGUGCGCGGGAAUCUUACAAGUGGCGUGCGUGGCGCGCGUGAAACGAAAACAAAAGCUCGUGAAGAUGCUUCUUGUUUUGGUCAUAGCGUUUCAAAUCUGUCACCUUCCACGAGGAGUUACGAUGCUAUAUCGCGAGUUUGCUGAUCCUUCAUUAAUCAACACUACGUUUAAAUAUAUAGAUCUCGUAGCAUUGGCUCUUUAUUAUCUCAAACAUGUUAUAAACCCUUUCAUUUUGUUCACAAUGAGUGCAGACUUUAGAAUUGGAAUCACGACCGUUUGUGCGGCGUGUUCCAAAGGAGAAGAAAGUACGCUUGAAACAGAAACCCAAAAGUGUAACAUAAAGCGCGCAGAAGAGCCGCCAGAAGAACUGGAUGAGAAACAAGAAGAAAUAUGGGAACAACGAGUUUAAAGAGUCCUUUCCGUUGCAAACUUAGACUAAGCAAGAAUACAACAUGAAAGAAAAAAAAAAAAAGAACAAGUACUUGUAAUCAGUAGUGUUCACUGUAAUUGACAUAUUUAGCUUUGUACAAAAUGGGAGUAAUGUAAAUGAAUUUUAAAACCCCGUGAACAUUAAUUUAUAAAACCAAACUUUCCCCUUGCCGAUAAAUUAUUCACAGUUUCGGUGAGAGUUUGAUUUGCGUGAGUUGUGGCUUAAUUGGAAUCAAUUUGUUACCUGUAUGCGGCAAACCGCCUCCUCGCGGGUCGGGUGUUUAAAAUUAGUGAAUAACUGGUCUAAAAUAGACAUUUUGAUUUGUUUGAAUUCAGAUUCUUCAAGAGCGUUCUUAUGGUUAGUAACAUGACAAGGUUUCUUGCCCUGGAGAAUAUUCCUCUUUCUGCUGAAAAAAGAAAAAAAACGAAAUCGCUCGAGGUUUGGCCGAAUUUCAUGGCCCAUACUUUCCAGAGAUACCCUCCGAGCUAUAUAGAUGGGGCUAAUGGUAUCAUGGUAAUUGUAAAAUUGCUCUUUGUUCGCGGAUAAACUAACUGUCAAGGCACGCAGGAUUUCGAGUCGAACGUCGAGUCAGGCGAACUAUUUUUUGUGUGUGAACAAAGUUAAGGUCCGUGUUAUUAUGAUUUUCAUGUAAUUUGAAAACUAAAAGAAAUGGUGUCUAAAUUAAAUUGGCUUAAUGACUAGUUUUCGGGUCUUAAAGAACGAUCGUAACACCCGGUUCCUCUGAGGAACUUCUCAGUUUUAAUCAUAUAAUGGCUCGUAUAUUUUCAAAGAACGGUGCUUGUACUGAGAAAGUUCAUAAGUUCAGAUUUCGAAAUUAAUUCACACCCGUGACUGGUAUGAACAGAAUGAAUCUAUUGAAAGAUAUCUUCUUGCCUCGUAAAUCUGCCCAGUUAGGUUUUGAUGCGGAUCUCUACAAUCAAAUUUAUCAGGGCAUACAUUUUUUUUCUAGAGGAUAUGCUGGA